UCCAAAAGAAAAACAAUAAGAACAAGUUUCAGCGAAGUUCAAAGCAAAGAAGUAAGAAGAAAUGGCAAAGAACCUCAUCAACUCCAUCAACUUCACUGUUCUCUUGGUUGUUCUUCUGAUGGCUUCAACUGGAAUCCUUAAGAGCAACGCUCAAUCAUGUGGUGCGGGUGGAUGUACUACGGCCGCUUCACGUGUGUUCCUCGGAGAGUGCCCGAGUGCUCACGGAACCACAAAUGCUAAUUGUUGUACUUGUUGCAUUGGCUUAUUCGGUUCUCCUCCAGUUUGCUGGGCGGUUAUUGAGGGAACUGACCUUCACUGCCACUGCUACAAAAAGGCUUGAAAUAACCUCAUCAUCAUAUAAGUACCAAGUGUGACUUUUGUUUCCAUUCUGUGUGAGGACAUGACAUUGGUGUGUGUUUAUGUUCAAGUUUCUUUUGCUUUAAAAUAAAACAUUAAGGGCAAAGCUUAUCAUUGCUUGCUCUCAAAUGCCAUCUCAUGUUC